CAUCUGUUCACCAAUACACUCCAAAAUCAUCCGUCAAGAUGUUGAUCGAGGAAUCCUACAAAGAUGUCGCUACCAAGAAUGGUGGAAGCAUGCGCAUAUUCACCUGGCACCCAACAGUUCCAAACUACCCCAAGGCCAGAUUUCCUGGUGUAGUCGUAUUCAGCGAGAUUUACCAAGUGACUGGACCUGUUGCUCGCUUCGCUAAGCAGAUCGCUGGUCAGGGAUACAUCGUUGCCGCCCCUAGCAGCUACCACGAGUUCACCGGACCCGAACCUCUGGCCUAUGAUGGUCCUGGUACCGACAAGGGAAACGACUGGAAGGUCGCCAAGAAGCUCGCAGCCUACGAUGAAGAUGCUGAGCUGAGUGUAUCGUUGCUACUCGACCUUGAGACCUGCAAUGGCAGAAUUGGCGCUACUGGCAUGUGUCUGGGUGGUCACCUGGCAUACCGCUGUGCUCUGGACAAGCGUGUCAGCGCUGCUGUCUGCUACUUUGCUACUGACAUCCACUCUCAAACUCUCGGUGCUGGCAAGAAUGAUGACUCUCUAGCUAGAGCCAAGGAUAUCAAGGGUGAACUGGUUAUGAUCUUCGGCAAGAAGGACAAUCAUGUACCCCCUGAGGGUCGUGAUCUCAUCCGCAAAACUCUGCACGAAUCAGGCAUUUGCUUCAGCUUCUUCGAGGCUGCUUGGGCUCAGCAUGCCUUCAUUCGCGAUGAGAUGAGCAAGGGACGUUACGACCCUGGCCUUACCAAGAUCUGCUUCGAGAUCCUGCUGGAACUGUUCAACCGCACACUGAGAUCUGAUCUCGGUCCUAGAGUUGGCGGCGAGCAGGAAAUUGAAGACGUAUGUUAAGCUAUUGACUGACAUCUGGUGAAGAAUCAGUGGUAGCAUCCGUGUAAAUGCCAAACAAGACGAGGGACAACAUUCUCGCAGACACUAUUAGAUGUUGAUAGCUCGGGCCCAUACGUGAUUGGAUGUAUGCGCAUUGCUCUAUUGCACCGUCAGAUAUGUCCAGGAUAAAACAGCCGCAGCGACAAGUUGGUUAUUGUUCACGGUUUUAUUUGUGAGCAUGAGCAUGAAGUGAACAUGUCGAGCGUCUGGAACGUUGCGUUGCUCGAAAGGCGCUAGUGGGAAGAUUGCCGGUCUUGGCACACAAAUGCCCACUGAAUUCUCACGAACCAAGCGCAUCCAACUUUCUCCUCAC